GUUCGUCAUCAGCGUGCGCCGGGGAGGCGGCGAGGCCGGCGGAGCUGCGGGAGCCGGCGGGAGCCUGCUCCGGGCCUUCGGGUGUGCUCUUCGCUGCUGGGCGGUGCUGGUGCGGCCGUGGUGGGCAGGGAAAGGCCGGUACCAGAACAUGGAUUCACAGAAGGACGUUCAGCCUCCAAAGCAACAGCCAAUGAUUUACAUUUGUGGAGAAUGUCAUACGGAAAAUGAAAUAAAGGCAAGGGAUCCUAUCAGGUGCAGAGAAUGUGGCUACAGAAUCAUGUACAAGAAAAGGACAAAAAGAUUGGUAGUUUUUGAUGCUCGAUGAUGUCCGCUGAAGAUAGCAACUUCAUGAUACAACCUUUCUGACAACUUUGUUCUGUAAAACUGUUUGUGUGUAAAUGCACGCUCUUAUUUGUGUUUUAAGAGAUUGAAAUAUUAAAGUUUACUGUAAUACUAAA